UUUACAAACACUCCUUCCUUUCUUGUAUUGGGUUUACUGCUCCUGCAGGGGCCAUCCAUCCCAUCUCAAGCCCUUCUCUGGGUGAUUCUGCCCUUGACAAAGACCCCAUUGCAAGAAAGAGCUACAAGAGGGGGAGGGAUUCUUUCCUCUCUCACAUUUGAAUUGAUGCAUUAAACAUAUGCCUCUACGUCAGGGCUGAACUGGCAGAACUUUACUGCAGGCUAUACCUGAGUGUGUUCCAUGGCAUCAGACAGGUACUUUCUUCACCAUGGAAUUUUGUUACCAACUGUGGUUCACAAUGAGGAGAGUCUGAAAUAUGCCAAUGAUUUCAAAGUUCAGGACAGCGAUGUGUUUGCCAUUACUUACCCCAAAUCAGGUACCACAUGGAUGCAAGAGAUUGUACCUUUAGUCCUAAAUGGAGGAGACCUUACUCCAGUGCAAACUAUUCCCAACUGGGACCGGGUUCCCUGGCUGGAGGAGACACGAGCAGCCCUAGUUCUGGACCGUCUGCCCUCACCACGGGCAAUGGUCUCUCAUAUGCCCUACCAUCUCAUGCCCCCCUCCUUCUUCCCCUCCAAAGCCAAGGUCAUUUAUGUUACCCGGAACCCAAAAGAUGUUAUGGUGUCAUCAUUUCACUUCCACAAGAUGGCCAGUUUCCUGGAUGACCCUGGGACUUUUGAUGAGUUUCUAAAUAAGUUUCUCUCUGGGCAAGUGUUGUUUGGGAAGUGGACAGACCAUGUGAAAAGCUGGCGAAAUUCAGAUCUGGGAGACAGAAUCCUAUACAUUACCUAUGAAGAAAUGAUCAAGGACCUGCGGGGAGUGCUGGAACGCCUCUCACGGUUCCUUGGUCGGGACCUAAGUGAAGAAACUCUGGAUCGUGUAGCCAACCACUGCUGUUUCAGCAACAUGAAGUUAAAUGCAAUGUCAAACUACUCCCUGGUGCCACAGGAGAUCAUGGAUAGCAGCAAGUCCACCUUCCUUAGAAAAGGGGUUGCUGGAGACUGGAAAAAUCAUUUCAGUCCUGAGCAGGAUUUCAAAUUCACAGCUGUCCUAAAAGAGGAAAUGAACGGAACAAACAUAAAAUUCCCAUGGGAUGAGGAGUGAACAGGUGGAAAUGUACCGACAACAUUUUCUUGACAUUGCAGGCAGUUAGACAGUGGAGAAUUUAAAACAAAUGGACUUUCUAAAUGCAUCUCUGCAUCCACAGCACAAGUGUAAUGUCACUUAUGCAUUUAUUCAUUAUUAUUUUUCAAUCAUUUAUUUUUCUCGCUCUGCAUUGUUGGGAAGUAAGCAUUUCAGUAUUAGUCUACACCUGUUGUUUAUGAAGCAUGUGACAAAUACAAUUCGAUUUGAAAUGGUCCAAAAGUCCUGCUGCCACAGGAAUGACUUGUGGUUAACUGGAUAUUUUGUAACUUUGUUAGUAUUUUGAUUGAACUCAGUGCUUGUUGGUUAAGUCAGACCGGCUUUCAAAUCAAAGUUUAUUGGUCACGUAUACAGUUCUGCAGAUAUUAUCGCAGGUGCAGCGAAAUGCUUAUGUUUCUAGCUCCAAUAGUGCAGUAAUAUCUAGCAAUACAAUAAUAAUACAAGAACCUCCUGGACUAUUCUUGUGUAGUUCUUAUUUCACAUUUUUUAAAUUUUUACAUAAACAACUGGUAGUUGAAUACAUUUAAAUUAGCCAUAAUCUGGUAAUAACAGACUUAUCAUAAAUAGUAAAAUACUGUAAGUUAUAUUACACAUUGUAUACAUCUGACCGUCACAUGGUAGUGUGUUUUGUUUUUACUUACUGCUGAGGAUUUGUCUAAAGGGUUGUGCUCACAUAAAAAGUUUGACUUGCAGGCAUAGUCUUCAGAUGACAACAGUCCUAAUGUAACCAUAAUAAGUUUCUUGUACAAAAACUUGAGGCUCCUCACUGAAACAAUUUAAUGAACAUUUUCAUAACAAGACAUAGCAAGACAACCCUUUGGGGAUCAGCAUUCACUUUCCGGCUCUUGUCAGUUAGGAAUCUCCUUAUUGACUUCAUGAACGAUUUGGCAUUGAACACAUGGUUCGCAGAAAGCAGUCAUACACCAGUCAUCGCAAAUGGUUCCCUGUAGAAAUCAACAUAUUAUUAGGGUGGCUAAGUUGAUAUCAACUUCUCACAGUCCUAUGUCGUAGGCCUAUAACGAUCAGUCCCUAAGCCCUGACUAGCUCUGGCCCUGACAGGGUGAGGAUGAGACAGAUAACACAAAGGGCUGAUUUACAAGACACGGAUUACACCUAGUCCUGGACUAAAAAGCAUGGCCAAUGGAGAAUUCCCAUUGAAAUAGCAUUUUUUUUCCCAGGAUUUAGAUUAAUCUUAGUCCAGGACACCACCCCAAAGGGCUUUGUGAUAUGACGGAGUUGAUGCUGGACAAUGAAUGCUGAAUAGUGUGCAUGGGGUAGUGGAGAAACAGGUCAUGGAAAUGUUCAACAAUACAUGAAGAUGCAUAUCUAUACAGCUGUACAAUCAGCAACAUGCCAUAUGCAUACCUCUAUGUUAUACCUCUCCCGAAUGCUGGUUCGCAACAUAAAAUGGUUACUACAUCA